AUGAAUAACUCAACUAACAAAAGUGUCUGUUUACUUUCAGAAGGCAAAAUACGUUCGAAACUACAUUAUGGCCUUUAUGCUCGUGAUUGGUGGUCACCGAGACCAUCUAAUAGCAAAGAUAACGUUCUAGUCUCUGUCCCAUAUCGACUUUAUAUGCAUAUUAGUGUUAUACUUAACCAACGCCAAUUUUAUCUAAGAGUAGUUCAAGGUGAUGAAAAUCGAUUGCAACCUGAAUUUGUCUGUGUUAGUGGUAGUGAAACAAGUAAGGUUUGUUCAACGCCUUCUCAAGCUAUUAACAGCAUAUAUCACAUAAUUUUUGGAAAAAAGACAAAAACAGCUUAUUCAGGGCCCUCGAUUCUUGGAUUUAAUAAUAAAAAAAUAGUCGAUAAAUUGUUAACUGGUAUAGCGUUUAUGCCUAUCUUUUUAAAUAUUGGAAAUUAUGUAGUAGUGGUAUCAGAAAUUGGGGACAAAAAAUUUACAUCAUCAAUAUUAACAAAAAAGAGCCAAAGAACUCUCGCCCUACAAAAAAUAAAUAAUAAUAUAUACACACUAGAUUUUUACAAAGGAGAUCAACUAUUAUGGCACUUCGAGGAUCAAUCUGCUAACAGUGUAUGGUCACAAGUUGGAAUUACAAUGAAUUUUGAUGGCGAAACACUAUAUAGAUUUAAUCACCCAGUUGUUCAAAAUGCGAUUCAAAUAAAUUUGGCAAAUUCUAAUCCUAGUAUAACUUGUACUUCACAUGAAUGGAAUGAUUCUUGCAAAAUGGAAGCAAUAUUUGAACAACAAAUAAAAAAACACUUAAAUUUAGAGGAUUCGGAAGAUUCAGAGGAUUCGGAAGAUUUGGAUGAUUUAGAAAAUUUUGGAAGUAUUUUCUGGAGUAGUUUUCAAAAUGCUCUAAUGUCUAAUAAACGUGGACCAAAUGGAAAAACACGAAUAUUGUCUAUUAUAGCUGAUCGAUUUAAAUACACACAGCUUCAAAAAAAACUUCAGAUUAGUUCACAUGUAGUAGAACUGGCACGUAAACAUUCUCGACUGUAUGGACCUGGCGCACCACAAAUUCAAGGUCCAAAAAAAUCUGUUCAAAAAAUGGAUGAAAUUAAAGAAAUGCAAUUUCUAGCUUUUUUCCAAGAUAAAAAUAAUGUUGCACAAAGUUCUUAUAAAACUGAUACCAAAACCGGAGUUCCUAUUUUAUAUAUGCAAGACCAAAAAGAAGCAUUGUGGACGAAAUUUAAUGAAGCAUAUCCAAAUGGAAUGCGGCGAACUUCUUUUAUGACCCGUUUAGCCAAUUGUAGCCAUAUUCGAUAUCGUGAAGACUUGGUUCGCUUUUCCCCUGCUAUGAUUGCUAAUUUGUGUAAUAAGGAAAUUUUUCGUCUAGAACCAAAAAUAUCAUCACAUACUAAGCCUCAAUCAAAAUGGAAAAUGACUUUGCUAAAACCUCAAGAGCAGAAUACCUAUAUGGUUAUGGAACCAGUUGACUUUCCUUGGAAUAAAGGAUGGGCAUUGCAUAAAAAUGUGGCAUAUGGUAAUCGAGGUGGAGGAAAACGAAUGACAAAUACUGUAAAAAAAAUGCUUGAACAAAUGUUCUUAUUGGGGAACGUUCAUGCAAAAGAUCGGAUGACGGCUAAAGAGAUGUAUGAUAGGUUGAAAGAAUUUGCUGACAAUGGUGAACUGGAACAGGAUGAAAUACUGAAAGUCUCGACGAUCCAAGGAUAG